AUGGGGGCCGUCGGAACCAUUUACACGGCCAUCGGUGGAAUGCGGUCUGUAAUUUGGACAGAUGUGUUUCAGUUUAUGAUGCUGUAUGGCGGCAUCACGGUGGUUUUGAUAAUGGCUGGCGUAGAAAUAGGCAGCCUUUCUAAGAUAUUCAGUCUGGCUGACGAAGGAAAACGAAUCAGAUUUGACAUUAUAAGUGGCGAUCCCCGGGUACGACACACGGUAUGGGGAUGCAUCAUCAACGGGUUGUUUAACAGUCUACCUAACUUCUUUGGGCAGUCAUCCAUUCAACGGAUUUCGUCGAUUAAAAUUCAAAAAGACGCUGAAAGAUCAGCUCUGUUGAAUAUCCCUAUAUCAAUGUUUUUCAUUCUGGUCCUUCAACUGACGGGGAUCUCUGUGUUCGCUUAUUUUUCAAGCCACCAAUGUGAUCCUCUCGAGAGCGGGCAAAUAGAAAACCCAAACCAGUUGGUUCCAUUCUUCGUGAUGAACGUGCUGAGUAGCACACCUGGACUGACGGGGAUAUUUCUUGCGGCGAUGUUUAGUGCCUCCCUCAGUUCCUUGUCGUCGGGAAUCAGCUCAUUGACAGCAAACACGCUUCAGGAUCUACUCCCCUACUGUUUGAAAAAUGUCACACAGACAAGAAAAACUGCUUACGCAAAACUUAUAGCCCUUUGCUACGGUUGUGCUGUGGUGGGCGUGGCAUAUCUCCUGAGACGUCUUCAUGGGCCAGUAGGACAGAUAACGGCGGUUGCAGUCGGGUCAACGGGUGGUCCGGCGGUGGGUCUGUUUCUUCUUGGCGCAACAUCCCCCUUCCCUGACUGGGUGGCAGCUUUGGUUGGUGGUGUGGUGGGAGUUGCUUUUACCGCUUACCUCUCUAUAACGACCACUUUGUACCGACAACCUGACGUCACUUCCGCUCCAAUCAGCACGAGUGGAUGUUUUCCGGAAGUUACGUUACAUAACAACGUUUCAUUGCUUCAUGAUACGUAUGGGAAUCAUACAACCGACAAUUCGGCUACAACGACAUUGGCAUCAAGACUAUCCGGUGUUCCAUUUUCCCUGUAUGACAUCUCAUACGUUUACAUUGGAAUGGUUGGCACAAUAGUGACAUUCUUAGUGGGACUCAGUGUGACCUUCUGCAUAGUUUGUAUAAGGAAGAAUAGAACACGCAGCCAUUGCAGUUCCCAUUUGCUGUUUCCUUUUAUGCGAAGAUUUUGGAAUUCUUCAACGCAACACAAAAGCAAGAACGAGCUUGGUCACAAGAUGAGGGUUGAAGUGGAUGAGGAGGUCACAGCAGUAGAGCAAAACGAAAGCAAAGUCGAGAGCGUCAAACUUUGA